AUGACUGCUAAAAAAUUCAUUGAUACCCGUGGUUUGUCAGCGUUUCGAACCUGGGUUAAUUCUAUCAAUGGCAAAGUGAUGUUUUUUUCUAGUGAGGGGUCCAAAUCAAAAUAUGGAGUUCCAGUAGUGCCCCUACCAGGAGUUGAUGACUCUUAUCCCCCUCAGAAAAAAUCUUUUAUGAUGUUAAAAUACAUGCAUGACCAUUUCAUUGAAAAUUAUGAAUGGUUUGUGAGAGCAGAUGAUGACGUUUUCAUAAAAGGUGAUAAACUUGAGAAAUUUUUGCGAUCUAUCAAUAGUUCAAAACCCCAGUUUAUUGGCCAGGCUGGUGUCGGUAAACAAGAAGAACUAGGCAUGUUGAGUUUGACGGCAACAGAAAACUUUUGUAUGGGAGGUCCUGGUAUGAUUUUUAGUCGUGAAACCUUACGACGCAUGGCACCGUAUGUUGGUGACUGUUUAGCUAAUUUAUAUACUACUCAUGAAGAUGUGGAGAUAGGAAGAUGUGUAAGAAAGUAUGCUGGUAUUCAGUGUACUUGGGCAUAUGAAAUGCAACAUAUUUUAUAUCAAAACUACAAAGAAGAUCAAGGUUCAUUCAAAAAGUCAUUAAAAAGUACAGAAGUUGAAAAUGCUGUUUCCCUCCAUCCUGUGAAAGAGCCAGUGUACUUAUUUCGUAUUCAAAAUUAUUUCCAAUCCACCAAAAUUUUACACCUUCAUCAUAAAGAACUACUUCUUCAGAGGGAUAUACAUUUAAUUGAUGAGUUGUUAGGCUCACCAGGGUAUACUUUUAAUGUUAAUAGAUUAGCCUUAUUACCAUCUUUAACAAAAUAUAGACCUUCAGAAGCAGAUGAUGUUAUAUCAUGGGACUUUAUGACAAAACCUAUAUUUUCUCAUCAUCAUAACAAUCCUAAGCGUGGCCUUGAGGGAUCGCUAUCUAGUGCUAUUGACGAUGUUAUAAAUCAAAUCAUGCAAUUAGUGAAUAAAAAUGCUCGACAACGCGGAAGGACGUUAGACUUCAAAGAAAUUUUAUAUGGAUACAAGCGUGUUAAUCCCUUAUUUGGAGCAGACUAUAUAUUAGACCUUUUACUUAUCUAUAGGAAACAUAAAGGUCGUAAAAUGACCGUCCCUGUGCGAAGACAUGCUUAUGUGCAACAAUCCUUUACUGAGGUUGAAUUCAAAGAAGAAAUCCCUACUUACGAACUUCAUUCAAACAUGGGUGCCAAAGUUUUACAUUUAUUUCGUAAGUUUGCUGUAGGUGAAGAACAAAAAACAGUAUAUGACAAACGACAAGAGAAAAUAAAUUUUGUUAUGCCUUUAUCUGGUCGCUUAAAAAUAUUUGAGAGAUUUAUGCGUAAUUUUGAGGAUAUUUUUUUAAAAACGGGUGAAAAUGUGAAACUACAUGUUGUGUUAUUUAAUAGUGAGCAUGAACGUGGUGAAGAUAUGGCUUUAGAGAAAAGUAUUAGUUUAUUACAACAGUAUCAAAAUAAAUAUAGUGAAAAUAGUGUGGAAAUUAUACAAGCUUCUGGUGCCUUCUCUCGGGGACGUGGCCUGGAGUUAGGUGCAGCUCGUUGUAGCAGUGAUUCGUUGUUAUUUUUAGUUGAUGUUGACAUUGUGAUGACUAGAUAUGUCCUUAAUAGAAUCCGUCUAAAUACUAAACAAGGAUCUCAAGUUUAUUUUCCUAUUGUUUUUAGUCAAUAUUACCCACUAACUGUUUGUCAUGGAAAUGUAAACCAUUGUGACUGUCAUAAUCAAGAGUGCUUUAUAAAUCCACAAGAUUUUAGUGAAGAGACUGGAUAUUGGAGACAGUUUGGAUUUGGAAUAACAGCAAUGUACAGAAGUGAUAUGCUGGCUGUGGGGGGUUUUGAUCUUAGUAUUCAAGGGUGGGGCAAGGAAGAUGUGGAUCUUUACCAAAAAUUUAUUGAAAGUAACAUGACAAUAGUGCGAUCUGUGGACAUUGGUAUGACACAUGCCUUCCAUGAAAUCAUUUGUGAUUCUCAUUUAGAUCCUGCUCAAUUUAUUAUGUGUAAAGGAUCUAGAGCUCAAAGUUAUGGGUCUCAUUCCUAUUUGUCAAAAAAUGUUUACAAUACAGAUACCUUAUUAAGUCAAAAUGAAAAGUUUAUACUCAAUGUGAAUUCCUAA